AUGGCAUCACUGAUAAAAAAUCAAAUAAUUAAAAGAUUAUCCAAAUUUGUAAAAAAUUUAUCAUCAAAUCAAAUUAAUUUGAGUACAUUUAAAGGCGAAGGUGAAUUAUCGAAUAUUGAGUUAGAUGAAAGAGCUUUAGAAGAAGUUACAGAAUUGCCAACAUGGUUAAAAAUAAAAAAAGCCAAUUGUACUCGAGUAUUUAUUAAAAUUCCAUGGACAGGAUUAAAAACACAACCAAUACAACUGCAAUUAGAUGAUGUAACAAUUCAAAUUGAAACAUGUGAUGAAUUGAGAAAUUUAAAUGAAAGUGAAAAUCUUAGCCCUCAAACAGGAGAUAGUUUGGCGGGUAAAUAUGGUUUCACACAUCGUGUUAUUGAUGGUAUAUCGUUAUCAAUAACAAAUGUAACAUUUACCGUUAAAUCAACUGGAUUUCACGCCUCAAUAUUUUUACCAACUAUUGAUAUUUAUAGUACAACACCGGUUGGAAAAAAAACUGAUUCAUUAAAAACGACACGUUUAAGAGAUUCAACAAAAGAACAUAUACUCUUGUUCAAAGAAAUCUCUUGGCCUACUGCUCGAAUCGAAGCAGCUUCCAAUGAUAAUAGUAUGGUUGCUGCAUCUAUACGUUUAAUUGCUAAUUCGUCUCGAAUAAGAAUUAUUAUGAAAAAAAGUUUAAAUGGUACGUUUAUAGAGUACUGGAAAUAAUUAUAGACACACCGUAUUUUUGAAAUUUUUCAAUGAAACCGAGUAGCUAGGUGAAAUCUGAAUAGUGAUUUGGAUAGCCCUUGAAGUUCUCUAUCAAAUACAGUAUGUGUCAAAAUUUCAGAAAAAAGGCUUUGAAGAAAGUUUUCUAGACAAUUCCCUCCAGCGGAGCUGUAAGUCCUAGAUAAUUUUGCUAAAAAUAUUUUCAAUAUAGCCAUCUAAAAGAGCAUAAAAUUCUGAAAAAAAUGAAACGUCGCACUGCUCUCCACGAUUUUUCACUGCAAAGUAACAGGCAUCAGAAAAAUCCAAAGAAACAGUAUAAUUUACGAAAAAAACGCUAAAAAUCGCCUAAAAAAAAAACAAGCAGAAACACAUUUCUCUGAAUUUCCUGAUGCAUACUGCUUUUGAUAGAGAACUUCAAGGACUAUCCAAAUCACUAUUCAAAUUUGACUUAGCCACUCAGCUUCAUCGAAAAAUUUCAAAAAUACAAUUAUAGUGUAUAAUUGUGAAACUCGACUUGAAUCAUUAUGUUUAGUCAAACAACCGCUUUGUAGUUACUAGAGACUCAGACAGAAUUCAUUUCUGAAAGAAUCAAAAGAAGAUACCGCGACCGGUUUCGACCUUUCUCAAGGAUCUCGUCAGAUGGUUUCCUUCGAGAAAGACAGAGUUAAGGCACGACAAGCAACACAACUCCAUCACACCGUAUGAGAGUGUUAAUAUUCCUUGUUCUUAUCGAACAAAGAACGAUAACUUUUCACAAUUAUAUAUGGUUUAUUCAUUCAAAACCGCACAAAACUCGCAUAUUAAAAAUCGGAGAAUUGUGACUAAUACUGUCUUUCUCCACUAUGAACGAGCAUGACUAUUAAAAGGAUGGGUGACCACUUCUGAAGAUCAAGCCAUGCAUUAUUAUGGAGUUAGUCACUAUAGAGUAGAGAAUUGUGACGAAAUGUCUUUCUCUAUUAUAUCAAAACUACGAUUAGUAAGAAGAUGGGUGACCACUGCCCAAGAUCGAACCAUAAGUAUGGUGCUUUUCACAUUUAUCUCAACGGUUGUUGAGUGAAAGUUACUAGAUACAGUUUAAGUUUAAAAGGAUGAAUCAUUUCUGAUAGAAUAAAAAAGAAAUUUUAAGAAAGAAGCAGAACAUGUGCAUUGUACAGUGAUAUCGUGCUUCGUUCUCGUCGUGCGAAAGUUAUCGUUCUUUGUUCGAUAAGAACAAGGAAUAUUAACACU